UUUGCAGUGGUGGUACAUAGUUUUGCGGAAGCUUGGCACGUGUGGGGUUUUCAAGGUCACUUUUGGACACCUCCCUUUAGCUUCCAGCACCUCCUGAAGACCAUCGCCGGUAGCUAUAUAGGAUACCGCGAAUUUCAACGGUUUCUUAGUGUUUCUUGUGUUUGUGUGGUUAUGGUGCCUUAGCGGAAAGAUGGAUAUUGUCAUAAGAAAGAAACAAUGGUUUAUCAGCAUUAUGAUAUUUUAUUGGAGCGUAAGUGUAGUCUUUACUAAAGAAAAAUCACAAUCAGAUAAAGAUCUUACUGAGGCAGAGUCAAGUCGGAGCAAGUUAGAAAUAGUAAAACAAAUUAAAAAAAUCAAUGACGAUGGCUCUUAUACGAUAGGCUACGAAGCGGACGAUGGUUCCUUUAAAAUAGAGAGUAGAGACGUGCUCGGAAAUAUCAAAGGGACCUACGGCUUCGUUGACGAAAAUGGUGAAAUUAAAAGAGUCACUUACAGCACCAAAAACGAAUCUGACACUAAAUACACAGCGCCGACAGUUGUUCAACGGAUUCCUAAAACUAAUCGAACAUACGUAUCAUUAUUAAGGAAGCAAGAGAAGCAGCAACCAGUCACAACAACUCCUUCGGUUAUCCAAAGCAUACCACGAAGAAGAUUUGUCUUUCCUACACAAAGUUCUACCACAUCCCCGAAACCAACGACAUCAUCAACAAAAGAAGUGAACGUUGUAUACGCUCAUUCAAUUAGUAAAGAUCAGGAGCUGAAACUUGAAAGACAGCUUUCUAAACCAGCUGUAGAAGAGAUCCCAUCUACAGAAACUACACUCCAAAAGCACACUUUAGAAACAUCUUUAAGUGAAGCCGAUUCCACAAUAAAACCGGUUACUGAAGAACCGGAAAUACACGGAAAUAGCCUGAGGAGGCAGCUGUUUCAGGAUAGGAGACCCGAAUUCGAUACCAGACAGUUGACGAUACAACAAAGCACGGAUCUGUCCGACAUCUACACCGGGUCAAAAACCACUGGAACUCCACGACCUCCUUUGUUUACCACUACAGCAAGAUCUAGAUCGAUUCCCAUUCUAUCAACUACCGCACGAGCACUGAAUGCUACCCCAUUUGUAAUUAAGCAUGCUCAAACUACAUCUUCAACCAGGAAUCAGUUUGUCAUACCAGAGUAUCCUCAGGAGCAAACCACCACGGAAUCUAUAAGCAGUAACGAAGAAUUUAGAACACAGGUCCCUGUCCAAGGACUUCCAACACCUCCCUAUCUUCAAUCCCAUCAAAGGUUAGCAGCCAUUCAGCAUCCUUCUAAUGGCGAGCUUAUAUUAGUACCUGCUGGUCAUCCACUUUUAUCCCAAUAUACCAAUAAUAAUAACAGACCAAGUGGGUUCAUCAGUUCUAAUGAAGAACGCAGUGAUACUCAAAACCAUUACCAGACGCAAUUAAGAAACGGACAAAACGUUCAGGUGUUUCAACCAUCACCACUCAUAAGGGCAAUUCCAAUUGAUGAUAACAGAAUUACAUCUGAACCCAAUGUAAUCUACGGUACAUUGAUUCCUGUAAACCACCGAGCCCCGCCAUUGCGCGUUACUCAUACUGAACACGAGCUUCAGAUGCAAAUAGAUGAAAUAGAACCUCCAGUUAGCGUUAAUGAUUUCCAAAAGAUUUUGGAUCAGUUAACUAUACGUCAGAGGAAAUUGGAAAUGGUUAAUUCAUUGGUAAGUUCUCAUAUUCAGGAUCCACUGACGCGAAGCUCGAUGAUCCUUAUUCCACAGAGAGUUCCAUUCCAGCCUAUUCCUUAUAGGCAACGGGAAUAUAAUCCAAAUAUUCCUAUCAGAACAGAUCAGGCUUAUUCACAAAGCAAAAGGAUGGUCGUUGAUAGAGAUGGAAGCGAAGAAAAAUUUCUUCCACCUUUGGUUAGAGAAAUGCUGUUGCUUAAAAUGUUGAAACUGGCUAUUAAUCCCUAUUUGCCUCUGGAGGCAGACACUGAGGCACAAUAUAGUGCAACAUCCAACCCGACGAUUAUAAAAACUGGGGGUCAAAGAAAUGUAGAGAUUCUGGGAGAGGAAGUUGACGAAACAGAUGACUCAAGAACAUACAGAAGAAGCAGCCGAUCUGUCCUUAAUUGAUAUCAAUUUGAAUACCAAAGAAGCAUUUCCAAAUUAAUAUAGACAGCUCAGAAUGUUUUCAUGGUACCUAUUAGAUCUACAACAUUUGAAAAAGCACAAGUUUAAAAACAUAUAUGCAGAUAAAUAAAAAGGUAAACGAAAAUCGAAAGAGGAUGUUUAUAAUUUUUUUAUAAUACUAAAAUAAAAAUAGAAUAACAGCUGGCCUCAGAGCUAGCACACUUUUGUA